UUAAAAAAGAACUGCCAUCUACAAAUACCACAUCAGGUAUUUUACUAACGAUGGGAUUGACGGACAUAAUGGCCCAACCGGAUCCCUUGCCAUCCCGCGAUUCCGCAGCUGUCGUGAGUGUCCAUCACGUCCCAAGUCACAGCCGUGAAAGUUCCACGAGCUCCACUGCUAGCGCCGCUAGCACUUGCAGUAACCAUGGCCUCAGCCAGACGGCCGAAGAGGAGCUCACAUCUUCAGCUUCUUCUUCCCCUAUGCCGAUCUAUUCGCCACUUUCCAUAUGUUCGUCGCCCACGGCCAACAGUAAAAUACCUAACCAUUCGGUCGAAUUGGUGAGAGAUAUCGACCUGGAACAACGACUUGAAAAAACACGUUUAGAACUGGAACAAAGUCGAGCGGAAUGCGGACGUUUGGCUCAGAUCCGAGAUGACGUCGAAAAUGAAGUCCGCGAACUCACCGCCAGUCUUUUUCAGGAGGCGCACGUGAUGGUGAAUGCAGCCAACGUGAAAGCAGCAGCAUCCGAAAAAGCUUUAAAAGAAGCUCGGAUGCAAGUGGAAGUGCUGAGUGCUGAAGUAGAAGCCUUGAAAACGCUUGUUUUGACAUCUACUCCCAGCCAGCCGAAUGCCCAUCUUCAUCCGCAAUUGUCCGGUUCUCUGUCUUCGGGGAAUAUCCAUGUCAACAAUACACCGCCAUCUAUUGGCAAUGGUUUUAGCCAUAAAAGCAGUGGAGGAGGAUUGAAAAUGUUUACUCGACAUCGAAGAGGAACUUCAGAUUGUGACAUGAAAUAUCACCACAUCCAGGGAGGUGCAGAUUUGAACAGUCCGUUAUCAUCCAGUCCUGAGAAUCCAGCACGUCCCGCAACUGCUACAGCAGCCGAUGCUUGUUGCGUCAAUGGUAGUGGGAGCCAUCUAGCGGGAACUCCUGACGGUGAUGGGUGCGGUGAAGUGGACCCUGUUCUCUACGACGAACUGGAAAAUUGGCGCAAAAAUCCAAGUCUGGAACAGGAAAGUAGCCCAUUAAUGCAGAGACUCUUUGAAGAAGAUGCCGAUCGGUGCUUGGAUUUCCCUCAACGUGAUUUGGCUGCCCGUGUCAGGCGUGCCGUUCGAGACAACGUCAUCUUCAUCGAAGAGUUUGCAACACAAUCCACGAUAUGCGCUUUGCUGGAAACUCAACGUCCGUGUCGUUACCGCAUCAAAUUGGGUGACGGACUCGAGGAUCAGUGGUACACUAUAUCUUCGUUGUGUCGUAACCGAAUUACUGCCGUUUGUGACAUUCUCACUUACCUGCGAUACAUCCAGCUAGGCCUAGUCAAAUCGUCCCUCGAUGACAUUUACUGGGAAAUGAUUCGACUUCGCAAGCGGAUGACUUUGGCUCGUCUAGGUCUUUCAUAAACAAAAUUUUUCUUCCUUCUAACAGAACGGGGAUGGGAUAUACCCACUGCAUUUACUUUAAACUCACUGGCUCCCGUUCUCUUCCACGAAAUGUACGGGGGCAAAAAAAAAGAAAGUUCCCAUUUUCUCCAAUACUCGUUGUCGUUAGUGCUGGUGCGAUUUAUAUUUCUGAAAUAACUGUCUUCGUAUUUGUUGUCCACGGAAACUCCAUCGUGGAAAAACUCAAUCGAUAUGAUGGAUGAUGUUUAUAUCGAAUCUAUGUCGUGAUGUAUAGGAAAAAUUUAUUCCAAUUAUUUCAAAUUUUACACUAGAAAAAGAAAAUUAACAAAAACGAUCUGGGCAAUCCGUUACGGAGCCGUAUGUACAGCAAAUUAAUGUUUAACGUUUUAUUAAGCUUUUUUCUGUGUUUUUUGCUAUGUUUGCCAUCCUCGUUUAUGAAUAGAUUUAAAGUUUAUCACCGUC